GAAACUGGCUCGCGCUGUGUGAAAGUGAGCCGCUAUUGGCUGCGUCCGUUUGUGUUUCUAGAGUGGGAGCAGAAGGACGGCCUCUCUGAGGCUUUAACCUCACGUAUUAUUCUCUUAUGGUGAGUCUUCAAAAGCACCUUUACAGGAUCAAAGAUGGACCUUGUGCUGAACGUUGCAGAUUAUUACUUCUUCACUCCAUAUGUGUAUCCCUCCUCUUGGCCGGAGGACGAGGCUCUGCGGCAGAUCAUCGGCUUGAUGGUGGUCACCAACCUGGGUGCCGCAGUCUUAUAUCUAGGCCUGGGUGCUUUGAGCUACUUCUUCAUUUUUGAUCACAAAUUAAAGCAACACCCUCAGUUUUUGGAGAACCAGGUGCAACGUGAAAUUAAGUAUGCUUUGUGGUCUCUGCCCUGGAUCAGUGUACCAACAGUAGCAUUGUUUUUCGCUGAGGUCAGAGGGUACAGCAAACUGUACGACCGGGUCGAUGAAUCGCCCCUCGGAUGGUCAGGGCUGAUUUUCAGCAUGGUCUCUUUCCUGUUUUUCACUGACAUGUGCAUUUACUGGAUUCACAGAUUCCUUCACCACAAGUUGAUAUAUAAGAAUUUCCACAAACCACAUCAUGUGUGGAAGAUCCCCAGUCCGUUUGCCAGCCACGCUUUCCACCCUGUGGACGGAUUUCUCCAGGGCCUGCCGUACCACAUCUACCCCUUCCUCUUCCCCCUACACAAGGUUCUGUACUUAGUCCUGUACGUGUUCGUCAACAUAUGGACCAUCUCCAUCCAUGAUGGGGACUACCGUGUGCCCAGCCUGAUGCAACAAAUCAUCAACGGUUCAGCUCACCACACAGACCAUCAUCUUUUCUUUGACUACAAUUACGGGCAGUACUUCACCCUGUGGGACCGCAUUGGAGGUUCCUACCGCUACCCUUCAGCCUUGAUGGGGAAUGGGCCGCAUGACCACAUUAAAAAACUGAUGGCAAAAGGGAAACUGAACUCAAACAGCGUAAACAGCAACACUAAUAAUAAAAAUAGUGUUCAUGUCAAGAAAGAGUAGGUAGGCAGAUUAAGCAUCAUGAAUGAGUUUCAAGGUAUGUCCUUAUUCAUAAGAGGCUCUUCAUAAAUACUUCUCAGUAAAAUAAUCAGUUAUGUAUCAAAUUCCCAAAAGGCAGCACAAAAUGUGGAAAGGACAAAAGGAAUCAAAGUACAAAAUGUGUAUAUUUUUGCCUAAUGGUAACAUUCGCUAUGGCUACCCUGUUGAUAUUCUUGCUUUUUUGUAACGUAAUAUGAAUAACUGAAAUUAACAGGCUUCUGCCAAGUAAGCGUCUAUAAUUUUGCUGUCAUAGACAUUCAAAGAAUGUAUGAAGAUUGACAGGACUAUCCCUUCACAUGAGCUCAGUUCAUCUUUCCAUCAGCAGACUCUCUUUCUCCAUAGCUCUGUUUGUGUAUGAACUGAUAAACAGUUCAGAGACCUGUCGAAGGUGUUUGCUGAUCUACAGUCACCUUGUUUUAAUAGAGUUUCUGUGGUCCGCUUUUGAUAUGAAAUGCACAAUCUUUCCAAAUAAAAAAAAAGAUUGGUGUAUA